AGUGAAUGAAUCCGUGAGUUGUUGAAUUGUUGAUGAUUGUUGGACCAGUGGAACCAUUGUUUUUGUUUUCAGAAUUUGGUCAUUUUUUUCCUGAUAAUUUAAUUGUCUCGUCGUCUCAAUCUUUUAUGGAGUUAAUUCAAGGGUAAUUGGGGGGUGUUGGGGGGGUUUUCAUCGAGAAUAUUUUAUGAAAAAUGAAUCGUCUGCCAAUGCACAAUGCCCUGAAGCACCUAGGAUGGCUGGAGGGCACCUGGAGGACGAUAUCCCCUGGAGAAGGCCAGUACCCGACCCUCAAAGGGUUCAGGUACGAGGAGGAGAUCAGGUUCAUCUCCAUUGGCCAACCGAUGUUCAAUUAUGAGAGCCAGACCUGGCAUCCUGAGAAGAAGAACCCCAUGCACCGGGAGGUGGGAUUCCUCAGGGUUAUCCCGGAGACUAAUAAAGUUAAAUUGAUUUUGGCGCAUAAUUUCGGGGUGACGAGCAUCGAGGAGGGGCACACGGAGGGGAUGAAUGUGAUCCUGGAAAGCACUGGGGUCCAGAGGAUGUCUGAGGGGACCAAGGAUCCUCCUGUUGUCAAGUUGAGGAGGGAAUGGAAACUCGACGGAGAGACUCUAGAGCAAAUAAUCUACAUGGCCACAACAACAACUCCAGAUCUAACAGAACAUCUUCGUGCCAAAUACAGCAAAGUAAUUACAGGGAUUUAAUUAAUCAAAAUUACUUUGUACUGAAUAAUUUUUCUGAGAUAUUCCUGUGAUACAUCGAUUAUUUGUUAU